AUGAAGUUUCUCGUGGCUUUGGCCACUUUGCCAUGGACCGUGUCCUUGAAAGUGUCAAUCCAGGUCAACGUGUCACAGACGCAGUGUGCCAACGCAGCCCCUAAUUCAUGCUGCAAAUGGCAAGGGCGAUGUGAAGAUGGAUGGGUCCCAAGGCAGCCUUUGAGUGAACAUGUUGGAAGCAGCAACGAAGAAUGCUGCGAGCAGACGUGCAUGUCUUUCACAUGCCCAGAUGGUUAUGUGGCAAAUGCGGCCUACCACAACAACGUGGGUUGGAACGCAGACGUUUGUUGUGAUCGUACAUGCAAAGACCAUUCUUGCAGCCAGGGCGGAUACCGGGUCACCCCAGGGAGUCAAAGCAAGGUUGGUUCCACAGACGAUGAGUGCUGCUCAAAGACAUGCUCUCUGCACAGCUGCGGAGCUCUCUGGAAGCCUUUGGAGGAGAGAGCCCAAUGGGUUGGUAGUUCCGACGCCGUUUGCUGUGAGCCACUCUGUGCGAUGAUGACCUGUGGUGCUGGGUGGGUUUUGGAUGGCACCAAAGUCGACCAAGUUGGAGCUUCUCGUGAGGAUUGCUGUGCAAAGACAUGUGAAACCGUGACUUGCCCGAGGAAUUUUGGCAUUCCCGAAAACAAGAAACACACUGCGCCCAAGGAUGAAAGUGAAUGCUGCGAGCCCACUUGCAGACAGCACAUUUGCUCCGACGGCUGGGUGGCAGAUGCAACUCGCAGCGAUCUAUUCAAGUCGUCGGAUGAAGGAUGUUGCCUGAAGAAAUGUGCAGCCUUCGAGUGCCCGGAGCUUUGGGAGAAGAAUACUGAUGCCAAGGAGCUGUUUGCUACCAGCACAGAGACAUGCUGCCUGAAAUCCUGCGCUCUGCAUCAGUGUGGCACGGGCUGGCUGGCCAUUGCGUCCAAGCAGGGUGUCCUUGGCUCGUCAGACGAGGACUGCUGCGAGAAGUCUUGCGCUUUGCACAGCUGCGGAACGGGUCUGGCUUUGAAGCCGUCGGCUUCCGACUCGUCUGGCACAACAGAUGAUGCAUGCUGCGAGCCUGAGACGUGCUCGCAGAUGCGUCAGUUGAAGCCAGCUGGCCAGUGCAAUGACCUGAGCAAGCAAGAUUGUGAAAAGACUUAUGCCAUCCUGACACCGGCCGCUGCUAAGAAGUCGGUCAAGCACUUCGUGAGAUGUAUAUUCGAUGAAACCUGGUCCCUCUGUCGUAUCAGUGAUAGCACGACUUCCCAAUGCUCUGACAUGUAG